UACGCGCGGCUCUCAGUCUGUUGGAGCCCGAGUGCGGGCCUAGGAGUCGCCGCUGGAGCUUGGGAGGGAAGCGGAGGACGCUGGGGGCUCCAGCGGGCCGAUCCCGGGAUGAGGGCGCCCGCACUGCUGCCGCCCACGCUGCUGACCUGCUGCGGCUGGUUGCUUGCCCCGGUGAAUAGCAUUCACCCAGAGUGCCGAUUUCACCUAGAAAUACAGGAGGAAGAAGCAAAAUGUGCAGGGCUUCUGAGGUCUCAAACAGAAAAUCGCAAAGCCUGCAGCGGCGUCUGGGACAACAUCACAUGCUGGCGACCUGCAGAUGUUGGGGAGACAGUGACUGUGCCCUGCCCGAAAAUGUUCAGCAAUUUUUAUAGCAAACCAGGAAACAUAAGCAAAAACUGUACAAGUGAUGGGUGGUCGGAGAUAUUUCCAGAUUUCAUGGAUGCCUGUGGCUACAGUGACCCUGAAGACGAAAACAAGAUCACAUUUUAUAUUCUGGUGAAGGCCAUUUAUACUCUGGGCUACAGUGUCUCCCUGAUGUCCCUUGCAACUGGAAGCAUAAUUCUUUGCGUCUUCAGGAAGCUGCACUGCACCAGGAACUACAUCCACCUGAACCUGUUCCUGUCCUUCAUCCUGAGAGCCAUCUCAGUGCUGGUCAAGGAUGACGUCCUCUACUCCAGCUCAGGCACACUGCACUGCCCCGACCAAGCAUCCUCCUGGGUGGGCUGCAAGCUGAGCCUCGUCUUCUUCCAGUAUUGCACCAUGGCCAACUUCUUUUGGCUGCUGGUGGAGGGGCUGUACCUCCACACCCUGCUGGUGGCUCUCAUCUUCCCCGGCAGACGCUUCCUGGCCUAUCUACUCAUCGGAUGGGGCAUCCCCACUGUCUGCACAGCAGCAUGGGCUGUGGCCAGGUUCCAUCUGGAGGACACAGGUUGCUGGGAUACAAACGACCACAGUGUUCCCUGGUGGGUUAUUCGAAUGCCAAUUUUAAUUUCCAUUGUGGUCAAUUUUGUCCUUUUCAUCAGUAUUAUAAGAAUCUUACUGCAGAAGCUGACAUCGCCAGACAUUGGUGGCAAUGACCGGUCACAAUAUAAGAGGCUGGCCAAGUCCACCCUGCUGCUCAUCCCACUGUUCGGCGUCCACUACAUGGUGUUUGCCUUCCCCAUUGGCAUCUCCUCCAAGUUCCAGAUCCUGUUUGAGCUGGGCCUCGGGUCCUUCCAGGGCCUGGCAGUGGCCGUCCUCUACUGCUUCCUGAACAGCGAGGUGCAGAGCGAGCUGAGGAGAAAAUGGAGGAGCCAGUGCCUGAGGCCACUCCCAGGCCGGGAUUACAGGAUCUGCAGCACAUCUAUCUCCUGCCACGGCUCAGAGGGCGCCCUGCAGUUCCACAGGGGCUCCCGCGCGGCGUCCUUCCUGCAGACAGAGACCUCGGUCAUCUAGGUGUGACCACCACAGCAGGAUCUGCAGAGUGGCACGGCUGGACAUGGGUUUCUGCGUGGUGUGACAUGCACACCUCCCGUUCCUCACGUUCCCAGCCAGCGUGGCCUUUAUAUAACCCACCUGCCACUGAUUAAUCCCUGUGUGGACUUGGGGUCAAAUGGAAAUUGACUUGAUUUAAAUGCCAAUCAUUGUUAAACAUGGCAGCAUUUAGAUAACUUUGGUUUAUAAUGUUCAGCUGCCUCCUAGAUGGACCCACUUCUGAACAGAGAUGGAAUGUGGGUGUGGUACCUGAAGCAUCACAAGGACGGGCCCAGAGCUGUGGCCCACAUACUGCAGGGUGGAGGAAUAGGGACCUAUUGGGAGGCUAAACAUUGCUAGGAUACCGAUGGCCCUAGUAAAAUCAGUAAGAGGGCAGCCCUCCACUCAGCAGCUCCCCCAACCCUGUAUCCUCUGCCCUCAACCCUAAACUUUACCCCCACUCCUGUACCC